AUGUUUAGAUUUGGAGAGUGUUUUGAAGGUCAUUUGAUCAAGAGCUUGCCAGGACAACCAAUUGUUAAUUUUAAACAAUUUGGAGGUUAUAUUACCAUUGAUGAACUGCAAAGCAGGUCUCUCUUUUACUACUUUGUUGAGGCCCAAUCUGAUCCCACUUCAAAGCCUCUUGUUCUUUGGUUAAAUGGAGGUCCUGGUUGUUCAUCACUUGGUGCAGGAGCUUUUAUUGAGAAUGGUCCUUUUAGACCAAAAGGAGAUGUUUUGAUUCUCAAUGAAUUUAGUUGGAACAAUGUGGCAAAUGUAUUAUAUCUUGAAUCUCCGGCUGGAGUUGGCUUCUCAUUUUCCAAGAAUACCACAUUCUAUGAUACAGUUAAUGACAAAAUCACUGCACAAGACAACAUUGUUUUCUUGGAACGAUGGUUGGAAAAAUUUCCAGAAUAUAAGAACAGAGAAUUCUACAUAACAGGAGAAAGCUAUGCUGGUCAUUAUGUUCCACAGCUUGCAAGACUUAUUGUUCAAUCCAAACUUAGCAUUAAACUCAAAGCAAUUGCUAUUGGGAAUCCAUUAUUGGAAUUCAACACGGAUUUCAAUUCAAGAGGGAAAUAUUUGUGGUCACAUGGAGUGAUAUCUGAGUCCACAUUUGAGCUUCUGAAUACAGUUUGUAGCAUUUCUCAAAUUGUAAGAGAGGGUAUCAAUGGGGAGAUUUCAGAUGCAUGUUUAAGUAUCAAUGAUUUGAUUGCUCGGGAGAUGUCUCCUUUUAUAAAUGAAUAUUCCAUCAAUCUUGAUGUUUGUUUGAGUGGUGAUCAAACGCAAACAGCUCUUUCAGCUCUCCAUUAUGCAGGAAAGGUAGAUGUUUGUAUAGGGAAUGAGAUAGAUGCAUAUCUAAAUAGAGUGGAUGUUCAACAAGCUCUUCAUGCUCAAUUGAUUGGAGUUUCUACUUGGUCCCUUUGCAGCGAUAUUUUGGACUACGAUAGGACCAAUUUAUUUGUACCAACCAUUAACAUCGUGGGUUCACUUGUACGUUCGGGAAUAAGAGUUUUGAUCUUCAGUGGAGAUCAAGAUGCCGUAAUUCCAUUACUUGGAAGUCGAACUUUGGUAAAUAAAUUAGCAAAAGCUUUGAGAUUGAACACCACUCUCCCUUACUCAGCUUGGUUUCACAAUCAUCAGGUUGGAGGAUGGGUAGAAACAUUUGGAGAGAAGAACAAUCUAUCAUUUGCAACCAUUAGAGGAGCUGCUCAUCAAGCUCCUUACACUUCACCAGCAACAUCUUUGACACUUUUUACUGCUUUCCUCCAAGCUAAAAACCCUUGAUUAGUA